UUGUUUCUUCGUUCACUCUGUUUAUCGUAUUUGUUUUUGCGCAAUAUCCGGAGUCGCAAGGCUUUACCUUGAGAAUUUAUACUUGAAAAGAGACUUUUUUUAAAAGAAAUUGAAAUGACGAAACUGCGUGUAGCUAUCGUUGGCGCUGGGGGAAGUGGUUUGACGGCGAUAAAAUGUUGUCUGGAUGAAGGCUUUGAACCUGUCUGUUUUGAACAAGAAACUUACGUUGGUGGAAUGUGGAAGUUUACCGAGGAAAAUAGUAUUUCGAGUUCUGUGUAUCGCUCCACGGUAAUAAACACAAGCAAAGAGAUGAUGUGCUACAGCGAUUUUCCCAUGCCAAAAGAGUUCCCUCCCUUCAUGCAUAACACAUUUGUCAUGAAGUAUUUUCAAUUAUACGCUCAGAAUUUUGGCUUGGAAAAGUACAUUCGAUUUGGUCAGAAAGUGUUGAAUAUCAGUAGAUCUUCCGACUUUGAGAAGUCUUGCUCUUGGAAAGUUACCUCAAAGCCAGUUGUUGGUGACAGUGAGGAGAUCAAAGUUGAGAUAUUUGAUGCUGUUAUGGCAUGCACUGGACACCAUUGGCAACCAUCCUGGCCAACUUUCAAAGGAAUGGAGCUGUUUGAGGGUGUUCAGAUGCACAGUCAUUCCUAUAAAGACUUCAAGGGAUUUGAAGAGAAAAAUGUCCUUGUUAUAGGUAUUGGUAAUUCUGGUGGUGACAUUGCUGUUGAAUUAAGUCGUCAUGCAAAACAAGUUUAUCUCAGUACCAGACGAGGGUCGUGGGUACUUUCCAGGCUUGCCGAGGGGGGGUUGCCAGUUGAUAUGGUGUAUACUACAAGAUUUUUUAGCUAUAUUCCGAAGGCACUAGUAGCCAGUACAGUCAUAUCAAAGGUCAACAAGCGAUUCUGCCACUCUACAUACAGCCUCAAGCCAAGCCACUCCAUCAUUGGUCAACACCCAAUGGUGAAUGAUGCCUUACCACAUCAGAUCAUCACUGGAUCUCUGAUUGUGAAACCUAAUGUAGCACAAUUCACAAAGAACAGUGCUGUAUUUGAUGACGGUUCAACCAUCAGCAACCUUGAUGCUGUGAUUUUUUGUACCGGUUAUGAUAUGAGGUUUCCAUAUCUGGAAAUCGAACCGGAAAUCCUGAUGGAGAAUAAAGUCAAUUUGUAUAAGUUUGUUUUCCCACCUUUCCUGAAGAGAACCACAUUGGCUGUGAUUGGAAAUGUUCAACCCUGGGGAGCUAUCAAUCCCAUCAGUGAGCUGCAAUCUAGGCUGGCUUGCCGUGUCUUUGGGGGACAGGUCAAGUUACCAACUGAGGAAGAAAUGAACAUGGAUAUUUCUAUGAAACGAGAGGAAAUGGGGAAACGUUAUUAUGCCACCAAGAGGCAUAUAGUGCAGGUUGAUUUCACUCCGUAUUGUGAUGAGCUGGCAGAGAUGAUUGGCUGUAGGCCAGAUAUCAUGAAAUUGUUCCUUACUGAUCCUUUACUUGCUCUUAAAUGUUUAUUUGGUCCAUGCACGCCAUCACAAUAUCGCUUGAUGGGUCCUGGCGCUUGGAGCGGGGCCAAAGAGGCCAUUGAAAAGGCACACAGCAAUACUAUUUAUGCUACAAAAACAAGAAACAUCAAAGAAAACGACGCCGGUUCUCGAGUAAUGAUGCUGGUCAUGAUUGCCGGAAUCAUUUUAGCAAUAAUUGCAUUUCGGUUUGUAGUUUGAAUGUGCCGUGUCUGAUUUCAAUCCAAGGCCAAGCAGUUAUUUUGCUAGAGCCCUUCAAUUUUGUGGUUGAAUAUUUUUUGAUGAGCCGAAAAUACAUUUAGUUCACGCAAGCUCGCGGGUCUUUUAUCCCGCGAAAUAUACUGUACAUUCCGAUAAAAUUAGAUUUA